AUUUACUACUACCUCAGGUAACACCAAUAUCUCGGCUUUUUGUCAGUUGGCUUUGCUGUCAAACCGAAAAUGGCAGCGACGAGUGUUGUCGUUCUCGACAGAGGCAACAAUACAACUUGUACCGUAAAUCUUUUCGGUGCUACGGUAGUAUCAUGGAGAGUCAACAAUCAGGAACAAUUAUUUGUAAGUAAACAAGCAGUAUUUGAUGGGAAGAGAGCGAUAAGAGGAGGGAUACCGUUUGUUUUCCCUCAAUUCGGACAAUGGGCGUUCGGUCCGCAGCACGGGUUCGCCCGGAUAGCGCGCUGGCACGUCGAGAAGAUGCCGGAGCGCCUGCCCAGCGGCGACGUGGAGGCUGUCUUCAGCCUCAUGGAUGACGACUUCACUAGGUCCAUGUGGCAUUUCCAGUUCAGAUUAACCUACAGGCUGAUCCUCCGCGAGAAGGAGCUGCACUUCAACAUCGGUGUGUACAACCCGAGCAAGGAGCUGACGUUCAGCUGCCAACUGCUGCUGCACACCUACUUCAAGGUGCCCGACGUGCGCCGCUGCCAGAUCACCGGCAUGCACGGCUGUAUGUUUAUUGAUAAGACUCGCGAAGGCGCCGUGUACCAAGAGACGCGGGAGGUGGUGACGAUCAACGAGUGGACGGACCGCAUCUACCAGAACACGAUGCAGGAGCAUAUCAUCACUAACGUCGUCAGCGGACGCAAGAUGAGGAUACAGAAGUAUAACUUCCCUGAUACUGUAAUCUGGAACCCCUGGGCGGAGUACGCGAAGGAGAUCCCCGACUUCGGCGACGACGAGUUCCCCAACAUGGUGUGCGUGGAGGCGGCUCGCGUCGCCGCGCCCAUCGUGCUGCUGCCCGGCACCGCCUUCGAGGCCAGCCAGAUACUGCAGGUGAUGUAAGGCCGGUUGACUCGCACACAACAAGCCGUCCACAGGAGCGAAGUCAAUUGCGACGCCGCGUCAUUCCAUGUAGCUGACUGUAUGUAGCGUUUGCUACCACUGGCUUGUACACAAUGGCCUAUGUUGGCCCAACUUUACACAAGUUCAUUUUAGAAUUCUCCUGUUUUAAUUGGGGUACUUUAAGAUGAUAUACCAGUCCCAUAUGUAAGCCCUCUCAUAGUUUUCUUUUUGAAGUUGUUCCUGCGAAGAAAUGAUUUAGAAGAUUUGCGUCUUUUUAAGUGACGUAUAUUUAAAUGACCACAAUUUUGUGAAGUAAACUGAUAUCAUAAAAGCCAUAAUUGAUUUUUAAAUGUAGUGUAUAAAGACCAAGCUAGGCUAUUGUGUACAAGUUCAGAUCAUACGAAUCCAGUAAUUUUGUACUUUUUGGUAAAUACGUAGUUUCAAUAUUCAAGUAUCAACAUUGUUAGUCGCUGUAUACAUCAUUCAUUCAUUAGAAGUUCAUUCCAAUGUCAAUUUUAUAACGUAUCGUAUACGGUUUUAGAAACCUUACGGGAUACUUUUUAGGAACUAUGUAAUAAACUUAAUAUAUGAGUUCAAUACUUUUUAUCCAGUGAUUUUUGAGUACAAUUUCAAGCAUUUUUGUUUUCGUAAUAAGAACGAAUUUGCUACAAAGUUAACUAAAUCAUUCCGUUUUAAUAUUUUGUAGUUUUACGUAUGACCCUUUUAUAGUUAUUAAAACGAUAUGCGCUCAAUUUUGACUAAAUUAAUUCUGUUGUUGAAAGUUGUAAGUAAGCCGAUCAAAGCUGUCAAAAUUAAGAUUUGAUUAUAUAACUUUCAAUUCUUCAAAAUUUUCAGCAGAUUAUUACUGCUUAAUGUAACUUAAUCGUAACUAGCUCAACUUUCAUACGUAACGAAAUAAAAGACAAAAUAUACACUAAAUACAUUACAUAUAACUAUUUUUAGUGGAAGUUAAGUUUCUAUUGUGUUUUGCAGCUUAUAAUAAUUGUUUUAUCUUGCCAAAUGGUGUCUUAAUUAUGUUCCUUUUUCGCUUUCAUUCUUCUAAAUAUACUUAUCGUUAAAAUAACAAUAAGUAAAGCACUCUAUCUACGAAAAAUCGUUUCCCGGUAGUAAAUCGAUAAAAUAACAAAAAAAAAAUAUCGAUAUGAAAUAUUUUAAUCGAUUAUAAAUUGGUCAUCAUUAAUAAUAAUUUGUUAAUCAUUUGUCCGUUUGGACUGAUCUAGCUUCCUUCUGUCUUCCGCUGUUUUUCUAUACUUGUUGUCAUUUGUUCUGUUUGAUUGUCUAUGUAUUUAGUAAUAAGACUUUUUUGCCUUGAAACUUCCAGAUUUUGCACAAAUGUACUGACAUACGACGAAGUAAUUUUUAGUUUCAAUGGAAUAACAAACUACCUACGUACUAAAACUUAUUUAAAUGUAAUAUUCAAAUACGUAGUUAAAGUCAAAGUAAACUGAAUGUAUAAAUGCUCAAUCGCCAUUUAUGUUUUGUCUUUUCAAAUGUAUAACUUACAAAGGUCUUACUGCCCAAAAUAUGAGUGGCUUUUGAGUAUUCAGGCAUAAUAUUUCGAAAUGACAGAUUUUGGUUACGAUAUAAAUACUAAUAUUUGCGACCAGUCAAUGUUUCUCUAAUAAAUAGUAAUACUCAGGCCACUCUAGUAACUUAUUGUUGUAACAUUAGGUAAACCGGUUAACUAUUAUGUCUAAUACUUCCUAUAUUCAUAUCACACGGAGAAAAUUCAUUAAAUAAUUAACCAUUAAAAAUAUGGUUUUCUCGUUUUUUAUGGUAAAAAUAUUUUUAGACUUCAAAAACAUUUCCAUAGCCGCAAGAUUUUAUUUCAAAUUAUUGAGUGCACUUUGCACAUAUUGUACAAAAUUAUGUGAUUUUUUAAGUACAUUUUUAUUUUGUACAUUUUGUUUUUUUUCUCUCUAAAUAUUGGAACGUUUUUGGAGGCUUUUAAAGUAUACGAAGAUUAAGUAAGAAUAUGUACUUAGAUAUAACAAGUUCCUUGUUUUUUAACAAACGAUUGGGUAGGUUUUUUGUACUAAAUAACAUUGUAUUGUGUCGUUUCGACAUGAUGUUGUAAAGGUAAUUGUUAUUAUGUAUAAUAUACAUUCUGUAGUGUCUUGAUGCUCUCUCGACGUAGAGGUAGAAUUAAGAAAACAUUCUUACAAUAUUGAUCCAUAGUUUUAAGUCGAUUUUGACUUUUUAAUGUCCAAUAUAAAGCCGAACGAGUCGUAGCACUCUCGUCAUAAUAAUAUUUGUAUUCGUAAACUAACUUGUUGGCUCACUAUCGAUGGUGACCAGAAACAACGAAAUAUGCAACGAAGUGUACUUCCUUAGGUGCAAUAAAGUGAAGUAAAAUGAA